UCCCUCUUUGCGACGAAUCCUGCAAUCCAGUGUUCCUCAAUCAUCUAAACCAAGAUCUCGUGCUUUCCUCCGGUCUAUGCGAGUGCACGAUUCGUAACGUACACCCAUCUCCCCAAGUUUCCUCCUCCAAGAUCCCUUUCUUCUCCUUCCACGAGCCUGUGCUUGUCACAAUCUCCACGUAUUGACUCGAAACAGCAAUUGCAUAGAUAACGAAUCGCGUUGUCUCUUGGGGGUCAAAAAAUCAUGGAGAUUUCUCACCGAACCUUUGCUUUCUUGUUGUCACUCUGCCUCUUGCUGCAAACGUCUCUCUCGAUCGAGAAUUUUCACCAAGCGUUUCCUAUUGUGGAACCUGAUCCGAAUCAUACGAAGCUUCGUCUUAGCAGAGAAGGUUUGGAAGCUAUUAGCAGAAUCACUACUCCCAUUGCUGCUGUUGCGGUGAUUGGCCCGUAUCGGUCUGGAAAGUCUUUUCUACUCAAUCAGCUUCUUUCCCUUUCCUGUUAUGAAGGUUUUGGUGUUGGGCACAUGCGUGAUACCAAAACAAAAGGGAUUUGGGUAUGGGGAACGCCACUAGAGCUUGAGAUUGACGGAGUAAAAACUUCCAUUAUUUACCUCGACACUGAAGGAUUCGAAAGUGUUGGCAAGUCUAAUGUUUAUGACGAUCGAAUAUUUGCUCUGGCAACAGUGAUGAGUUCUGUGCUUAUCUAUAAUCUGCCUGAAACUAUACGCGAAGCUGAUAUUUCUCGGCUCUCCUUUGCUGUUGAGUUAGCAGAAGAAUUUUAUGGAAGAGUAAAGGGACAAGAUGUUGCUUUCGAACCUUCAAAGCUCCUUUGGCUUAUCCAGCGUGAUUUUCUGCAAGGGAAAUCUGUAAAGGAAAUGGUGGAUGAAGCACUCAGACACGUCCCUAAUGAAGAUGGUAACAAAAAUAUUGAUCAGGUUAACCGGAUCCGGGACUCCUUGGCUAUUAUGGGUGAUAACAGCACAGCCUUUAGCUUACCACAGCCCCAUCUCAUGAGGACAAAGCUAUGUGAUCUGAAGGACGAGGACCUGGACUCUACCUAUGUUGCAAGGCGUGAUCAAUUGAAAAAGCUCGUUGCUAGUAUUCUCCGCCCAAAGAUAGUGCAGGGGAAAGCACUAAAUGGAAAGGAAUUUAUUUCUUUCCUUGAACAGAUAUUGGAUGCGCUAAAUAAAGGAGAAAUCCCAUCAACAGGGUCACUAGUUGAGGUUUUCAAUAAAGAUAUCGUUGAGAGAUGUGUGAAACAGUACCACGAGAGGAUGGUAAAAUUGCGGCUACCUAUGUCUGAAGAACAUCUCCAAGGUGCCCAUGAAACUGCACAUGAUGAAGCUUUAAAAGCAUUUGAUGCUCAACAUUUUGGAAGACAGCAUGCGAAGAAAUCUGUGGAUCAGUUGGAUGAACAAAUGAAGGAGGUAUUCAAGAAUUUUGUUCUUGCAAAUGAGUACCAAUCGUCAAAGCUCUGUGAGGCGCUAUAUACAAAGUGUGAAGAUGACAUGGACCACUUACAAUCUCUCCGGCUCCCUUCCAUGGCUAAGUUCAACGCAGGUUUCGUGUACUGCAACCAAAGUUUUGAACACCAAUGUGUUGGUCCUUCGAAACAAAACUAUGAGCAGAGGUUAACUAAGAUGAUGGGAAAGGCACGGUCUUUGUUCAUCAAAGAAUACAAUAACAGACUGUUCAACUGGCUGGUUGCGUUCUCACUUGUAAUGGUGAUUGUGGGACGGUUCAUUAUAAAAUUCAUUUUAUUAGAAAUGGCGGCAUGGAUACUUUUCAUAUUCCUGGAGACAUACACAAGGAUGUUCUGGACAGCAGAGUCUCUUUAUUACAACCCAGUCUGGCAUUUCAUUGUUGGGACAUGGGAAACUGUGGUGUAUAGUCCCGUUCUCGACUUGGACAGAUGGGCGAUUCCUCUAGUCUGCAUAAUUGCAUUGUGUGUGCUUUAUUGGCGGUGUUAUGGGAAGAGGAAACAUGGGUCUAGUUGGCUUCUUCCGAUGUACAACAACCAGAAGAAUGGUCGGAACAGGGAACGGUCAGAGUAAAACACAUUGCUCCUUCGCCCUUACGACUUGUAGCAUCUUCUCGGGCAUGCUCGUUGUUUUUAAUCAUCCGAAGCUUUCUGCCCGUUACUACCAAUUUUUGGACGCUGAAAAAUAUCAAGUGAAGAAAUAUUCGAGAGGAUGAUUUAAUUGAUCUAAGUUGGUUUGAAUGAUGCCUGUAUUACUCUGUACCAUUCACAUAGAAUAACCUUUGUAACGUUUUUUUAACUUUAUAUAUGAUAUAUAUGGUUGGAUCU